AUGAGAUGCUUCGGGACCGAAUUGUACUCGGAAUUGCGACAGAGGAUUGCAGGAACGACUCAUCGGGAAGAAAAUAAAGUCAGUGUUGUCAAGAAAAAAGAGUACGUCAAAAAGUCAAAAGAAAAACAUAACACAUUUUUAUGCACGAGAUGUCAAACCAAACAUGGAGUCAACCAGUGCCCAGCAUUUGGAAAAAAGUGUGCUCGAUGCGGGAAAUUAAAUCACUGGAAAGUCGCUUGCAGAGUGAAGAUCGUUCAGGAGCUUGAAGAGGCGGACGAAGAAAACAGUGACGAGAUAGAGACGCUGCUAGUCAAGUCUGUGAUAAAUGUAAUAUCGAAAGUAGAGUCGUUAUCGUGGUAUGAAAAUCUAAAAGUAAGUGACAAGAUUAUAAAAUUUAAGUUAGACACAGGCGCACAGGUAAAUAUAAUACCUAAACAAGUGUUAGAGUCGCUGGGUGGUAAAGAAAAAAUUGAAAAAACCAAAAUAGUAUUAGAAGCGUAUGGAGGUACGAAAUGGUCACCACUUGGAACUGUAAAAUUAAUUUGCGAAGUCAAAGGAACAAGAAAAUGUCUGAAUUUUGUAAUAGUUGAUAAUGAUUCGACACCGUUGCUAGGACUAGAGUCCUGUACUCAGCUAGGGUUAGUAAAAAGGAUUGAAAAUGUAGAAUAUAAAGAAAAAAAUGGACUUAUUAAUAGACACCGAGAUCUCUUUGAAGGAAUAGGUAAGUUCAAUAAAAAAUGUGCAAUCAAACUGGUAGAAGAUGCAAUACCAGUUGUUAGGGCGCCUCGUAGAGUCCCGUUAGCAAUAAAGGAAAAACUGAAACAAACUUUAGAUGAUUUGGAAUCUAGAGGCAUCAUACAAAAAGUUACAGGCCAAGUUGAGUGGGCAAGUAAUUUAGUUAUUGUGGAGAAACAAAAUAAAACACUGAGGGUGUGUUUAGAUCCAGCAGAUUUAAACAAAUAUAUAAAGCGAGAAUACUUUCUAAUACCAACGGUUGAAGAAGUUUGUUCAAAACUAACAGGAAAAACUUGGUUUACAGUUCUAGAUUUAAAAGAUGGGUAUUACCAUGUAGAAUUGGAUGAAAAGUCAAGUGAUGUGUGCACAUUCAGCUCACCGUUUGGAUACUAUAAAUUUUGCAGAAUGCCUUUUGGGUUAAAUAUGGCACCGGAACUAUUUCAAAAAAUAAAUCAGGAAAAUUUUGGGGACAUAAAGGGUGUAAUAAUUUACUUUGAUGACUUGUUAAUUGCAGGAACAAGUGAGGAAGAACAUGAUAAAAUUUUAGAGAAAGUGUUAAACAGAGCAAGAGAAAGAAAUGUUAGAUUCAACCCCAAUAAAGUACAAUAUAAAGUUGAUAAGGUUAAAUAUCUGGGUCACAUUUUUUCAGCUCAAGGCAUAGAAAUAGAUCCUGAGAGAAUUAGAGCAAUUUUACAGUUAAAAGCACCAACAGACAAAAAUGGCUUACAAAAAAUUAUGGGGAUGUUCAAUUACUUCCGAAGUUUCAUGCCAAAAUUUAAACAUGAAAAAGCACUGUCAGAGUUGAAACAAUUACUGACGCGAGCGCCAGUACUGUCAAACUUUGAUUGUAAAAAACAAAUAACAAUACAAACUGAUGCAUCAAAAGAUGGUUUGGGUUGCUGUCUGUUACAAAAUAAUAAACCUGUAUCAUUUUUUUCAAGGAGCUUAACGGAUGCAGAAAAAAACUAUGCUCAGAUAGAAAAAGAGUUCUUAGCGGUUUGGUUCGCUGUCAAAAAAUUUCACUAUUACAUCUACGGGAGACAUGUUAAUGUGUGGACGGACCAUAAGCCGCUAGUUGCGAUAAUGAAUAAAAAAUUAGCUGACAUAGUGUCACCGAGGCUUCAAAGAAUAAAAACGAAACUCAAUAAAUAUCUGAUAAAUUUGCAAUACAUGCCAGGAAAGCAAAUGUAUGUGGCGGACUUGUUGUCUAGAAAUUAUUUGAGUGAUGUCAUAGAUGACGAUCCAACAAUGCUAGAAGUAAUACACAAUGUCCAAGCAAUAGUGAACAUAACGGAUGCUAAAAAAUCAGAGUUCCAAAAAAGAAUCGAAGAGGAACCAGUGUUGAAAUUACUAAAAAAAUUCUGCAUUGAUGGAUGGCCAUCAAAAGUACCAGAUGAAGUCCAAAAAUUCAAGAGCUAUAAAAGUGAAAUUAGUCUAGUCGAGGAUAUCUUGUUGUAUAAGGAUAGAUUAAUCGUACCAAGUAAAUUAAGAUUAGAGAUGAUGAGAUUAGCUCAUGAAGGGCAUGUAGGGAUAAAUAAAACCACAGAAAGACUGAAAGAGGCAUUGUUUUGGCCAGAAAUGACAAAAGACAUAAUUGAGUUUGUAUCCGAGUGUAAGAGUUGUGAGCGAUAUUUGCCAAAUAACACAAAAAAACCACUCAUCAAUCAUGAAAUAUUGGAUAGACCUUUUGCCAAAAUCGCAUCAGACAUGUGUGAACAUGCAGGAAAAAAUUACUUAAUAAUAUUCGAUUAUUUUUCAAAAUGGCUUGAAGUGAUACCAACAUCGGGUAAAACUGCUGACGAAUUAAUACAGAAAUUUAAAGUGUGCUUUGCAACCCAUGGGAUACCUGAUAUGCUAAUAGCGGACAACAUGCCAUAUGCGUCAUAUGCAUUUAAACAAUUUGCAAAAGAAUUUGAAUUUCAGAUAAUUAAUAGCAGUCCGAGAUACCCACAAAGUAAUGGAUUUGCAGAGAGUGGUGUAAAAAUAGCAAAAGCGAUACUAAAAAAAGGUUGUGAUUUAGAUGUAGCAUUGCUUAAUUAUAGAAACACUAAAAUAACUGGAAUUGACUAUACCCCAUCAGAAUUGAUGAUGAAUCGCAGGUUGAAAACGAAGUUACCAAUAAUCCAAAAAUCAUUAGAACCUAAAGUCAUAGAUAAUAAGAAAGUAUGUACAAAAUUAAAGCAUAAGCAACAGAUAGUAAAGAAAAAGUUUGAUAAGAAAAGUAAAGAAAGGCCUGAGCUAGAGCUAGAUCAAAGUGUUUUACUUCAGAGAGGAAGGAUGUGGGAGCCUGCAAAGAUAAUAGGUAAAAGUAGUGCCCCAAGGUCGUACUUUGUUCAACAAAGUGAAACUGGUCAGGUUUAUCGUAGAAAUAAAAUACAUAUAAGAGAAUCAAAGAAUGAGUUCCCAUGUAGAACUCAUGUAAGCAUAUAUGAUUCAAUAAUUGAAAAUCAAAUGAGAAAUGAGCCAAAUGCUGUGAUUGGUGAUGAACAGAAUCGGGGUGAGAGACCUCAGAGACUAAGGCAGCCUCCAGUAAGAUUCAGAGAUUAUGAAACUUGA